CGCCGCCCAUCGCGCGUCCGGCAGCAAUGGAGGCGCUGUGGGCUGCUCUGGACGAGGUGGCCCUGGAGGGGCUGGACGGCAUCACCCCCGGCGCGCUCUGGGACCGGCUGGCGGGCCGCGUCCCGCCCUUCCCGCUGCCCCUGGAGCCGGGCGCCCGGCAGCUGCUAUGGGCCACGCUGGCUGCACAGGCCGAGCUCCGCUUCUAUUUGCUGCCGCAGCCGCGCCCGCAGCUGCGCCUCUUCGACCGUUAUGAGGAAAUCGAUCUUGAGACGGGAAUAUUGGAGACCAAGCGGGAUCCCGUCCCAUCAAGCGACAUUUACCCGGUGCAUAUGAUUUUGGAUGAGGACCUCCAGGGCUCCUGCCAGUAUUUGAAAGAGAGGCUGGACAUUACUGAUAGGAUCAGGACGAAGGACAUGCAGCCCUGUUGCACAUAUGUGGAAGCUUAUGAGAAUUGGGGAGAGAGGCUGGUCAUGGUUGCCUCCCAGGUAUUGCGCCACAGGGCACUAAUAGGUUGGGAAGGGGAUCCAGACUUAAAACUUCCUGACUUCUCCUACUGCAUUUUGGAGCGAUUAGGACGAGCUCGCUGGCAAGGGGAGCUCCAAAAAGACCUCAGUGUGGCUUUUAAGGUAGAUGCUGGAAAGCUUCACUAUCAUCGAAAAGUCCUGAUCCAAAAUGGGCUGAUCUCUAUGCAGUCCCACGUGAUUAGGUUGCCCUCAGGGAUCCAACAGCAUUCCAUUCUUCUGCUGCUCAACCGCUUUCAUAUUGACAGGAGGAGCAAAUACGAUAUUCUUAUGGAGAAGCUCUCUGGCAUGCUGAGCAGCCGGCCAAGUCAGAUGGAAACACUGGGCAAUAUAAAGGAGGAACUGGGACUCUGUGAAAAAACCUUUAAGCGCCUCUACCAGUACAUGCUGAAUGCCAACUUGGGCAAGAUGGUCUCUGUUCCGCUGCAGGACGUGUGCUCUGAUGGGAGGCCUUUCAAGACAAAGAAGGGAACACAAGUCAUGGUUCGUUGUUUAAAGCUAGUGAAGGAAUAUCAGAAGAAGGUGGCUGACUUUCAUGAUGAUGAUGAAGAAGAAAUGAUUGCCAAAACUGUGCAGCCUGUGGACAUUGUGUACGAAAAGGACAUGCUGGCACAAGCAUAUGAGCUGAUUGAAAGCUGGGGGACUAAAGGUAUUUCUCAGGCAGAACUUCGAGCUGCGAUGAAUGUGGGAAAGCUGGAAGCCCGGAUGCUGUGUCGCUUGUUGGAGAGAUACAAAGUGAUCAAGGGGUUCAUGGAGGACGAGGGUAGGCAACGGACAACCAAAUACAUUGCAGGGACGUAUGCAGAACAGAGCGAUCUGAGCCAGCAGUAUGAACGAGAGAAGGCUCGGAGUGAGAAGUUGGCUCAGGCCAGCGUAGCUUUUGCACCUGGUGAGACUUUGCCUGGAGAAGGGCUCUCGCUGGCAGAGGAGGAAGAAGAGGAGGAGGAAGAGGAGGAGGAGGAAGGGCAGGCAGUGCUCCUGGAACUGGAGAAGGAAGAGGAAGAGAAAGACGGUGCAAGGCAGAAGAAGGGCAAUGCACAGGCCCAGCCCGGGCUUGAUUUUGAAGGAGGAGGUGGGCUUUGCCAGUCAGCAAGAAAGAAAGUUCCUUGCUCAGCAAAGAGGAUGGUUGGAGGGCCCCCUUCCCCUUCACUUUCAGCAGCAAAGCUCUGUGGAAACUGCCUGAGGAAGCCACUCACUCGGGGUGUCCUUCUUCCCAAAGCAGCUAAAAAGAAGAGAUCAUCUCUGCUCCCUCUGGAAUACUUGGAAGGCAGGGAUUCUGCUCUGGACUGGCUCGGGUCAGAAGCCAGCUGCUCCAACUGUGCCCGUUUCAAAGCUGUCUCUGGUGAUGCAGCCGUGGUUGAAGAAGUCCUGCCUGAAAGCCUCAAAAAGAGUUGUGAUGAAAAAAAGAGAGAGAAGAGCUCACAGGCACCGCCAAUGGAGCGAUCCCAUGAGACCUACCGCCUGCUGAAACGUAGGAACCUCAUCAUCGAGGCAGUCCAAAAUAUGCGCUUGAUCGAGAGUUUGUUUGUGCUUCAGAAAAUGAUCAUGGAUCAGGAAAAACAAGAAGGGGUCGCCACCAGGUGCUGCAAGAAAUCCAUUGUUCGCUUAGUCCAGAAGCUCUCCCAGGAAGGCCUUCUGCGCCUCUUCCGCACGACUGUUAUCCAGGAUGGCAUCAGCCGCAAGGUUGAAUUUGUGGUGGAUCCAUCCGUGACUCCUGGUGACCCCCUGGUAAAAAGCGCCAUUGAGCAAGUGCGUUUCCGGAUUUCCAAUUCAAAUUCUGUGAACAGGAUCAAAGUUCAGCAAACACCGAUGUCUCCAGAUCCAAAAGAGCAGGAGCCUGGAGCUGGGACCACCGUGAAGGAAAGGAAAAAUUGCUCUUUUUCUUGCCAAAGCGAGAUAGUUGGUGAGAAGAUGUGCAUCGCCAAAUUCAACUACCAUCCCGUUACAGUGCCAGGCCUUGGACGCUCCCUGGGCUUCUUACCCAAAAUGCCGCGCUUAAAGAUGACCCACAUCUUCGUCUGGUACCUGAUCUAUGGACAUCCUGUCAGCUUGCGGAGGAGGAACCCUGGCUGUCACAUGCUGGAAGAGGACACAGGCUGUGCCUCCUCCUGCUCUCCACUUGACGCGGCAGAUGACAAGGAGUCUCUGCGAAGCCCAGAGGUUCCUGCCCAAGAAGGAGAUCUGGAGCUGGGAGAACAGAAAGUGUAUGUGGACGAGGUCUCCUGGAAGCGUCACAUCCCUCCUCAGCCAGUCCACCGGGAGUUUGGAUACGGCUGGGCACUUGUUAGUGACCUUCUUCUCUGUCUGCCUUUGUCCAUCUUUGUCCAGAUAGUGCAAGUCAGCUAUAAGGUAGAUAACCUGGAAGAUUAUUUGAUGGACUCUGUGAGGAAACAUACACUCAUCAGAAACCUUCCCAGAUCGCUUCGACAGCAGCUCCUUUACAAGCGGAGGUACAUCUUUUCAGUAAUGGAAAGCCUACAGCGGUUAUGUUAUAUGGGAUUACUGCAGUUUGGCCCCACAGAGAAAUUUCAAGAAAAAGAUCAGGUUUUUGUGUACUUGAAGAAAAGAGCGGUGAUUGUGGAUACCACCAUCUGUGAACCCCAUUACAACCUGGCUCAAAGCAGCCGCCCAUUUGACAAGCGCCAUUAUACCCUGAGCACUCUCCAGGAUGUGGAGAACUUCUGGUUUGACCUGCAGUAUGUCUGCCUCAACACACCCCUCGGGAUUAUUCGCCAGCCCCGUGCAAAAAGGAAUGGAGCUCCAGCUGGGGAGGCUGACACUCUCUCAGAGGUAGCACUGGAGCAAGAAUCAGCAGCCGACAAACACAACCUGGAGCGCAAGUGUGCCAUGCUGGUGUACACAACAGGACGCCGAGAGGUGGAGGAUGAGGGCUCUGUCCCGGGGGACGGGCUUGGGGCAGGCGGUUUAGACUCCAGCUUUUACAGCCACUUGAAACGCAACUGGAUCUGGACAAGCUACAUCAUUAAUAAGACCAGGAAGGAAAAUGCAGUUUCUGAAGCUGGGCACCUGGUCAGGCUGCAGACCUUCCUGCCCAAGCGCUCCCUGCCAUUUGGCCCAGGAGGUGCCCAAAGUGCUCUCUGGAAAGAGAAUCUGUUAACUUCAGAACCUGCUCUACAGAAAGAAGACCUGGCAAUUGAGAAAGAGGCAAACCUGAACAGAAGCCAGAGAGUGAGGGGGGGGAAGAGCCAGAAGAGGAAGCGGCUGAAGAAGGACACAGUGAGGAGGACAAAGAAGAGGAAGAGAAAGAGAGACGAAAAUCCUGAGGCAAAGAACCAAAAGCCACGCUACCAUGAUGAGGUGGACCGAAGGGCCCUGCAGAGAAUGACCCGCCUGCGUGUGACAUGGACCGUGCAGGAGGACAGCCUGCUGAUGCUCUGCCGCAUUGCAAGCAACAUUCUGAACGCCAAGGUGAAGGGGCCGUUUGUCCCCUGGCAAGUGGUCCGAGACAUCAUGCAUGGCAGCUUUGAGGAAUCGCUAGACAAGACUUCUCAUUCUGUUGGGCGGCGGGCCCACUACAUUGUCAAAAACCCCCAGACCUACCUCAACUAUAAAGUGUGCCUUGCUGAAGUCUACCAAGACAGAGCCCUGAUUGAGGACUUCAUGAACAGGAAGAGCGACUACCAGGAUCCCAAGGUUUGUUCUGAAGAGUUCAAGGACUUUGUAGAAAGACUGAAGGAGAAGUUCAGCUCCACGCUGGGGAUUCCCAGGCCAGCCGUUCCAGACACCUUGCAGGAGCUUUUCCUCAGGUUCCGGGUUCUGGCUAUUGGAAAUGAAACCAGCUGUGGCAGAAAAGAAGAUGAACUCUGCAGCGUGGCUGACAUACACUUUCUGGUGCUGCAGAACCUGAUCCAAAGCACCCUGGCCCUCUCCAACAACCAGAUGAAGUCCUUCCAGUCCUUCCAGACCUUCCGCCUGUACCGUGACUAUCAGGAUGACAUCCUGGUGAAAGCUUUCUUGGAUUGUCAGAAGAGGAGCUUGGUGAACCGCCGCCGGGGUAAUCACUGCCUGGGCCCCAAGAAAAGUCGGGCGCUGCCCUUCGUACCCAUGUCUUACCAGCUCUCUCAGAGCUACUACAGAGUGUUCACUUGGCGGUUUCCCAGCACCCUUUGCAGCGAAUCUUACCAGUUUCUCUUAAAACUCAAAGAAGCCGGAAGACAGGAUGCCAUUUCCAGCUUUUCCUUUAAGGAUCAAGACAAUCUCCUUGGGGCCGAGAUGGUAACGUUUCCUUUAGAUGGGCCUGGAGGCUACUGCUCUGCUCUGUUGGCCCUCUUCUCUCUCGGCCUGGUUUCUGUAGAUAUUGCAAUCCCGGAGCAGAUUGUUGUGGUUGACAGCACCAUGGUGGAGAAUGAAGUCAUCAAGAGCCUAGGGAAAGAUGGGCUGGAGGAGGAGGAGGAGGAGGAGGAAGACGAUGAUGAUGAUGUGGAGGAAAAUCCAGUGAACAAGCGGCAGAUUGAGGUGAAGGCCCGACAGGCUUCACGUACUAACUACCUGCUCAUGAGAGGCUAUUGUGCCCCAGGGAUCAUCAACACCCGGAAUUUGAGUCCCACAGACAACAUUGUUGUUGAUUCCUGUCAAGUGAAAGUGAGGCUAAGAGCAACACCUGCCCAAAAUGGCCUCUUGGCUGAAGUCCCAUCUGACUUGGAGAGCAUGCCGGUUGGAGCCUCUUGCCUCCCCAGUUCCUUCACCAAAUGUCUCAGGGUCCCAGAAGAGGGUGAUCCAAAACUUCAGUUGCUGGACCAUUACAGUCGUAGCUCUGGAGAUGCUGCUGCAGCCCUUGAAAUCUUCUCUGCCAUAGAGGCCACUUCACACUUUGGGGUAGACCAGGUGAAUAUCGCCAGGCAGUUCCAGCAUUAUGAAGAAGCUGAUAUUGGACGCACUCGGGUCUUGCAGCAAUAUCUUCAGGAUCUUCUUGAUUUGGAGCAGGUGUUGGAAGUAGGUGGAAAAACUACCCGGCUGGUGGCAAAGAGAUUUGCAAGUCCGUGGCUGUUGCAUUCUGUGGGUCUCAAGGACAUCAGUCAGAACCUUCCAGGCAAAGAGCCGCAUAUAAAGAGGGACUGUGCUAAGCAGGAACACGAGGAAGGAGACGCUGCCUCCUCUGCUGCAGCGGCAGGAGGCGAACCAGCCAGGAAAAGGUCAAGAGGAGAGGGGGAGGAGGAGGGGGCUCCAGAAACAAGGGCUCUUUCCUCAAGCUCCCCAUGCUGGGAGGGAGCCAGGACCCCUGUGGCGCAAGGAGAAGCUGUCAUGCAGAAGUGCAGUAUGGGCAUCCCCUCCUGUAGGAAAAAAGCCCCGGCCCUCCCUGGCAGAGAAGCCUUGGAUGGGGGAAAGCCCAGUCAAGAACCCCAUGAGGAUUCCUUGUCAUUCCAAGAGGAUAAUGAAACUCCCAGAGGAUGUGUGGCAAGGCAAUCUCUUCAGGUUGAAAUGAGACGCAGGGAUAGCAUCUGCUUUGUGGGGCGACCUUGGCGCAUUGUGGAUGGCAGUCUGAACAAGCCAGUCUGCAAAGGGAUCAUGGAAGGGGUGCUUAGCCACAUUAUGACAAAACCUGGCAUCACAGAAGCGGUCCUGCAGCACCACUACCUGGGUGUCUUGCAACCAGUGGCUCUCCUGGAGAUCCUACAGGCUCUGGAGUCUCUGGGCUGCAUCAGGAAAUUCCAGUUUGAAAGGCCGGCAGCUGCCACGCUUUUCUCCAAGCCUGCCUGGGAAGAAGCAAUCGCCCGCGGCAAGCUGAGCGACGCGGCAGACGCUUUCUACGAGCCGGCCAUCGACUGCACCCUGAGAAUGGGCAGGGUCUUUCCCUACGAACUGAACUGGAACAAGUGGGGUCCGGGGGCGCCCCUGUAAGCUCCGGGGGCGAAUAAAGCGACUUUAUUAAAGCGA